AUUCAGAAGUUUCACAUGUUGCUAUUUAUAUUGUCCGCUGCGACAAGAAAUAUCUCCGUUCUCCCCCUUUUCUUACUUUACUGCUCGUCGAAUCCCGCUUCCGAUCGAUCUGAAGAUUUGUGCUCUCGCUCUCUUCCUCUCCUUCUCCGAUCGUUGUUCUCUUUCAGAUUCAGAUCCGCGAGGUUAAACAUGGUUCUCACAAGAAUAGGCCUUGCCGGUCUUGCUGUGAUGGGCCAAAACCUGGCCUUGAACAUUGCUGAGAAAGGAUUUCCUAUUUCUGUAUACAAUCGAACCACCUCAAAAGUUGAUGAGACUGUGGAACGAGCUAAACUCGAGGGGAACCUCCCUGUUUAUGGUUUCCAUGAACCUGAAGCUUUUAUCAACUCGAUCCAGAAGCCCCGUGUUGUCAUCAUGCUCGUGAAAGCCGGUGCACCAGUGGAUCAAACCAUAACCACGCUUUCAGCUCACAUGGAAGUGGGUGACUGCAUAAUUGACGGAGGCAAUGAAUGGUACGAGAACACUGAGAGGCGCGAAAAAGCAAUGGCUGAACUUGGCCUCCUGUAUCUUGGAAUGGGAGUCUCCGGCGGAGAGGAGGGUGCGCGAAAUGGCCCUUCAUUGAUGCCUGGAGGAUCUUAUGAGGCUUACAAGAACAUAGAAGAUAUUCUUCUAAAGGUAGCUGCUCAGGUGCCUGACAGCGGUCCCUGUGUUACAUACAUCGGCAAAGGUGGUUCUGGCAAUUUCGUAAAGAUGAUCCAUAAUGGGAUCGAGUAUGGGGACAUGCAACUGAUCGCCGAAGCUUAUGAUGUGUUGAGGUCAGUCGGGAAGCUUACUAACGAAGAGUUGCAGCAAGUUUUCUCAGAGUGGAACAAGGGGGAACUCCUCAGCUUCUUGAUCGAGAUCACAGCCGACAUUUUCGGGGUAAAGGAUGAUAAUGGGGAUGGGUAUCUCGUCGACAAGGUCUUAGACAAGACGGGAAUGAAAGGUACUGGCAAAUGGACUGUGCAACAAGCAGCUGAGUUAUCGGUGGCUGCGCCAACCAUUGCAGCAUCUCUCGAUUCCAGGUUUCUCAGUGAAUUGAAAGAAGAAAGAGUUGCAGCUGCUAAAGUUUUCCAAUCAUGUGUCUUCGAGGGUGAGCCAGUCGACAAGAAGAAGCUAAUAGAUGAUGUGAGGCAAGCGCUUUAUGCCUCGAAAAUUUGUAGCUAUGCACAAGGCAUGAAUCUGAUAAGAGCAAAGAGCAUUGAGAAAGGGUGGGAUCUUAAGUUGGGGGAGCUUGCCAGAAUAUGGAAGGGAGGGUGCAUUAUCCGCGCAAUCUUCUUGGACCGGAUCAAGAAGGCCUACGAUAGGAACCCUGAGUUAUCGAGUCUGCUGGUGGAUCCUGAGUUUGCCAAAGAGAUACAAGAUCGCCAAUCGGCUUGGCGCCGAGUUGUUUGUCUUGCUAUCAACUCGGGCAUAAGCACUCCAGGGAUGUCAGCUAGUUUAGCUUACUUUGACACCUACAGGAGGGAAAGUGUGCCUGCCAAUUUGGUUCAAGCCCAAAGAGAUUACUUUGGAGCUCAUACAUAUGAGAGGAUUGACAUUCCUGGGGCUUUCCAUACCGAAUGGUUCAAGAUUGCGAAGCAGUCCAAGAUCUGAUCGCCUGCAUCACGUGCUAGUAGUAUCGGAUUUUCAGUUCUAAAAGCUUUCAAUCGUGCAAAUAACGUACAAUAUCAGGACCAGGCAAUUGAUUUAGCUGUAUAAUUAUCUGAGAAUGCUGUUUCAGUGGAUUCAUUUGAAGCCCUCUCAUUCGUAUUAUGGAUUAAGCUUUAGGGGUUAUUUUACCAGUUAAACUUAAACCUACCCUUAUGAUUUCAGAAACUCUGGUUGGAUUUUGUUUUCUAUCA